AUGACUCUCCCUGUUCGCACCGCGGUCGUCUCGCGCGUCACCAACGAAACCAAGAUCCAAGUGUCGCUCUCCCUCGACGGUGGCGUCCUCCCACCCUACGAGCCUUCCUCGCACUUCGCCCCGCCGACAGACCCCGAAGAAGCAGAGGCGGCCAAGAAGGGCAUUGUGCCUCCUAAGGAUGCCGGUCACGCCACACAGUUCACCCCGACCCAGCAGAUCACCAUCAGCACAGGAAUUGGGUUCCUGGACCAUAUGCUGCAUGCGCUGGCGAAGCACUCGGGAAUGAGUCUGGCGGUGCGCGCCAAGGGCGAUCUGUAUAUUGAUGACCAUCACACCGUCGAAGACACUUUCCUUGCCGUCGGCACUGCUUUCACAAAGGCUCUGGGUGCCCGGCAAUCUCUUGCCCGUUUCGGCCGCGGUGACGCUCCGCUAGACGAGGCCCUCUCAUGGGCCGUUAUUGACCUGUCAAGUCGUCCCUGGGCCGUGAUCAACCUUGGAUUCCGCCGCGAGAAGAUCGGUGACCUGAGCACCGAGAUGAUUACUCAUGGUCUUCAGAGUUUCGCCCAGGCCGCUGAUGUGACCCUUCACGUCGGGUGCACUUACGGUGACAACGACCACCACCGUGCCGAGAGUGCCUUCAAGGCUCUGGCUGUUGCCAUCCGCACUGCUUGUGCUCGGAAGACUGCCGGUCAGGUCGGUGCUGGCGACGUGGUCAGCACCAAGGGUGUGCUCUAA